AGAAAAAGGCAAAUUUAAGCCAAAAUAUACUGCGGUAAACCCUUACACAGACCCUCAAAAAUGGCUCUCUAUCGCUCUCAUUCUCUGUAAAACACUUGGUUUGAGACUCCUACUGAUAAAGCAAAGGUAAUCUCACUAUUCAUUCAAAAUCUGUCCUUUUUUAAAUCGUUCUCAAAAUGAAAGAUUUGAUGGAAAAAUCAUUAAAAAACCCCGAGUUAUUAGGUACAAGUGAAGGGAUUGAUAGAAUAAGCUAUUUGCCAGAUGAUAUACUCCACAAUAUCCUUUCAUCUCUUUACAUUUUUGAUGUGGUUCACUUAAGCAUUUUGUCUAAAAGAUGGAACUAUAUAUGGAGGACAAUGCCUUACUUGUAUUUCGAUAUUUUUCGCUUCGUUUAUAAACGGAUUAAACAGCCUUGGGAUUUGGUUAAUGCUGAAAAUUUCAAAGACUUUAUCAAUUGGGUCUUAAUUACCCAAUUUGCUGAUAAUCUUGUUUGCUUUAAGCUCCGUUGUGGCGAUCUUUUUGAUAAAGGGGCUAUUUUUCGAUGGGUUCGUGUGGCAACAAGUCGAAAUGUUCAAGAACUUGUGUUAAGUUUUUGUCCUGCUGAGCCAUUUGAGUUGCCAUUUUGUGUUGCGACUAGUGAAUCUUUACGAGUUCUGAAAUUAGAGCUUAAUGGGGGUAUACUUAAGCUGCCUAAUCAUAUGGGAUUUUCCCAGCUCAAAUUGCUUAAUCUUGAAAGACUUGACUUAUCGAACGAGCAUUUGACAUGUUGUUUGCUCUCAAAAUGUCCCGUCCUAGAAAAAUUGAUACUGGAUGAGUGUACUUUUGGAACUACGAUUGAUAUUGCUUCGACAUCUCUGGUUUACGUGUCUCUACAGAAAGGUGUUGACGAUGGAGAAAUUUACAGAAAUUGUAAUGUCAAAAUUUCUUGCCCGAAUCUCAAGGUCUUGAAAUAUGGUGCUCCAAUGGCAAAGGAUAUAAUUUUAGAGAAUCUCUUCUCUAUAGAAGUUGUUCACAUCUUAUUUUUUGAUCUGGAUGAUGUAACCGAAGAACUUGGCAUGCUUGUGCAUAAGAUGAUCAAGAAUGUUCCUUCUACAUCUGCUUUGAAAUUAUGCAUCAAUUCCAUUUCAGGUCUGCAUAGUGUAUCUCGUGAAGUAAGAAACUUUCCAGUCACGUUUUAUAACCUCAAGUCCUUAAAAUUGACAGUGACAAUUGAUGUAUUUAGCAUGGAAGUCAUGAUGCUAUUGCUCAAGCAUUCUCCUAAUUUAGAGGUUCUUAAUUUGUUUUCCGAUGAUGCUGAUGGCCGGGAUGAAAACUUGAAGCCGCAUGAACCUAGUGAAAGCUUUGUGUGCUUCGAAUCUCAUCUAAAAUCGAUCAAGUUGGCUGGUUUCAAAUACCAUGACAAUGAGAUGGAGCUACUAAGGUUUUAUCUGAAGAAUGCACAUGUAUUAGAAAAACUGAUAAUUGUUUGGGAUCGCCAUGCUGACAUAUCAGAAGAGGCAUCGGAGGAGGUUUUGAAGUUUCCUAGAACUUCUUCACAUGUUGUCGUGACAUUUCUUGAUUUCAACCUCAAAUCAAGAUCUCGUUACCGCACAAUAUAGUUUAAAAGAGGUUUUGACUGUUAGUACUUAGACUGUAAUGAGCAAGUACAUGGCACCUCUAAGUUUAUGAAUUUCUACUACUAUUUUUCCUUUAAAAAAGCACGGAAAAUUCAGCUGGACAUCCCUCGAUGAAGCAUGUUUGACUCAGGACAACCUCAACAGAAGAAACACAUAAGCAUGUGUUACAUGUGUCUUCAAAAUUCAGAAAGUAUCUGUUGUUGUUACUAAGUUGGACUCAGUUGGGCUUGCCACACACAAUUGAAGAUGCAUAUGAAAAAGUUGGCUUACAGAGAGUAGAUAAAGCCAUUAAGAAAAUCUGGAUGAUGAUCCCUGCAAAUAUUUUUGUUGUGUUUGGACAGAAAGGAACUGCAGACGUAUCGAUGGAAUUUUAGUUCCAAAGUACUCCCUAAGACCUAGAUGUUUGCUUAACUUAUUUAGCUGGAGCAACUUAACUCUGUUAAAUAGUGCCAUUCAACUUUUGGAUUUUGUUAGCUCCUUAAUCAUAUAAUAUAGUCUCUUCUCAUGGACUCUGUGAUGCCUGUUUCAAUGAAACUUUUUACUUCAUCAAGAACUGCCGAAAAUAAUUUCUGUAUGGUCGAAAUAUCUACAUUAAAAGAAAUUUUAUUAUGAGA